CCGCCCCCGCGUCACCGGAUGCAAACCACUUGCUCCCCAUAAAAAUCGAAGAUGGCUGGGACUAACUUCCUCCAGAUCUUGCCCUCUUGACUCGAGUCAACUUCAAUCAACUGUUACCCAGAGACCUUUAACUUCACUCACACCCAUCAGCUCUUGAACAAAAUGGCAUCUGAAAGUUUUGGAUUCCAAGCUGAAAUCAGUCAGCUCUUGGACCUUAUCAUCAACACCUUCUACUCCAACAAGGAGAUUUUCCUUCGCGAGUUGAUUUCGAAUUGUUCAGAUGCUCUUGACAAGAUUCGCUAUUCCUCCCUUACCGAUCCUACCGUCCUCGAGACUGAGCGUGAGCUGUACAUCCGCAUUACUCCAGACAAGGAGAACAAGCUCCUCCGUAUUCGGGAUACUGGUAUCGGUAUGACCAAAGUCGAUCUUGUUAACAAUCUCGGAACGAUUGCCAAGUCGGGUACGAAGGCCUUCAUGGAGGCCCUCAGCUCGGGUGCCGAUAUUUCUAUGAUUGGGCAAUUCGGUGUCGGUUUUUACUCCGCCUAUCUUGUUGCUGAACGAGUGCAGGUAAUAUCCAAACAUAAUGAUGACGAGCAGUACAUUUGGGAGUCAUCUGCUGGUGGGACUUUCACCAUCACUCCAGACACUGUCAACGAACCACUUGGACGUGGUACCGAAUUGCGGCUCUAUUUGAAGGAGGACCAGCUCGAGUAUCUCGAUGAGAAGAAGAUUAAGGACAUCGUCAAGAAGCACUCCGAAUUCAUCUCAUAUCCCAUUCAACUUGUCGUCACCAAGGAGGUUGAGAAGGAAGUCGAGGAUGAGGAUGAAGAAGAGGAGUCUAAGACCGAGGACAAAAUCGUCGAGGUUGAGGAUGAGGAGGAAGGCAAGAAGAAGAAGACGAAGAAGGUCAAGGAGAUCGAAACUGAGAACCAGGAGUUGAACAAGACCAAGCCGUUAUGGACUCGCAGCCCCCAGGAUAUCACGCCUGAUGAGUACGGUUCUUUCUACAAGAGCUUGACCAACGACUGGGAAGAUCAUCUUGCCGUGAAGCAUUUCUCCGUUGAAGGUCAGCUGGAGUUCAAGGCAAUUCUUUAUGUUCCCAAGCGUGCUCCGUUUGAUCUCUUCGAGACCAAGAAGAAGCGUAACAACAUCAAACUCUAUGUGCGCCGCGUGUUCAUCAUGGACGACUGUGAGGAGCUCAUUCCUGAGUACCUCAACUUUGUCCGUGGUAUCGUCGACUCUGAGGAUCUUCCUCUCAACAUUUCUCGUGAGACGCUCCAACAAAACAAGAUUCUCAAGGUUAUCCGCAAGAACAUUGUCAAGAAGUGCAUGGAUCUUUUCACCGAGAUUUCCGAGGACAAAGACAACUUCACCAAAUUCUAUGAGGCGUUCGGCAAGAACAUCAAGCUUGGUAUUCAUGAGGAUGCUCAGAACCGCAGCAAACUCGCUGAGUUCUUGCGCUUCAACUCGACGAGGUCUGGUGAGGAGUCGACCAGCCUGAAAGACUAUAUCACCCGUAUGCCCGAGGUUCAGAAAUCAAUUUACUACCUCACUGGCGAGUCCCUUACGAGCGUGCGUGACUCGCCAUUCCUAGAAGUUCUUAAGAAGAAGGGUUUUGAAGUCCUCCUCCUCGUCGACCCCAUUGACGAGUACGCCAUCACUCAACUUAAAGAGUUUGACGGCAAGAAGCUCGUCUGUGUCAGUAAGGAAGGGCUGGAGCUCGAGGAGACCGAAGAGGAAAAGAAGGAACGCGAGUCAGAAGCUGCAAGCUUCGAUGAUCUCUGCAAAGCGAUUAAAGAUGCCCUAGGCGACAAGGUUGAGAAGGUUGUCAUUUCCAAUCGUAUCGUCGACUCUCCGUGUGUGCUCGUUACUGGUCAAUUCGGUUGGUCAUCGAACAUGGAGCGUAUUAUGAAGGCACAGGCUCUUCGUGAUAGCUCGAUGUCGUCGUACAUGGCUUCGAAGAAGACUCUUGAACUCAACCCGCACAAUGCUAUCAUCAAGGAGUUGAAGAAAAAAGUUGUUGAGGACAAGGCCGACAAGUCCGUUCGCGACUUGACCUACCUCUUGUUCGAGACUGCCCUUCUCACGUCUGGAUUCGUUUUGGAGGAGCCAACCAGCUUCGCCAAACGUAUUUACCGCAUGAUUUCUCUCGGCUUGGAUGUCGAUGAGGAGGAAGAGGUUCCAGCUGUUCAGGGCAGCGAGACCGAGGCUCCACCAGCACCGGAAGCUGCUGGUGCCAGCGCCAUGGAGGAAAUGUAAGUUGCUGGUGUUUGCGUCCCAAAGUUUGAUUGACGUGGCUCACCUUGAUCUUCAGUGAUUAAUAUUCUAUUCUUGCCGAACUUGACUACCUCUGACCCCCCCGCGUAACUCUGGUGUUUUGGCUCCUAGAGUUUAGACCUCCCUUUCAUCACCCAUCCCGCUCUUUUUGUGCAUGCUCCCCGUGCCUCAUUUUUU